GACACCCACGAAAAUGUUACGUCAUCAACUGAAACUGAAGAUUAUUGCAUUGUUGGAGCCUUUGGAGCGUCAGUCGUCAUAAUCCUGUCGGUAGUUGGUAACCUGGCGGUGAUCAUAGCAAUUAUGACGACAAAGAAGUUACGGACACCAUCCGACAUGCUUAUUUUUUUUAUGUCACUAAACGAUUUCCUAUUUGUAGUAUGUGUUAUGCCGUUGUAUGUGGAUCCUAUUCUGUACGGUAGGUGGCGUUUCGACAGUGGAAAAGUGGGGCCUGUGUGUCUGUUCAAUGCUUAUGGAGGAACAUUUUUCCAGAUGACUAAUUUGUUUAUUCUUGGGGUCAUUUCGUUUAAUAGAUAUAUCACUGUCGUCCAUCCCAAGAAUUCUCAGAAGCUACUUACCAUGACGACAAUGCUUAUUUCCAUCAUAAUAUGUUACCUUGUCCCUGUCUUGACAUUUAUUCCAUCCUUUGCUGGUUUUGCAAAGUUUGAGUUCAACUUUCAGAUCAAACGCUGUAACUGGAAUCGACUAGAGUCAGACGUCGUUAUUAACAUUUUCUUCUUUGUUGGCUUCUUCAUCCCACUCAUCCUGAUGCUUUUCAGCUACGCGAAGAUUUUCAUUGUCGUUCACAGGAGUCGAAGUAGAGUUCAACAUGUCCAUAGUCUAACGGGCAUUCGGAGAUCGCGAGUUUCAGAUGGUGACAGUAGAGAGUUAAAGCUGACCAAAAUGAUGGCUACCAUCUUCAUUGCCUACCUCAUCACCUACCUUCCCUGUACGAUACUUGUGAUUGGGCAUUUGGAAUUCAUUGUCCCUCGUUCUCUUGUUCUAUCUUCAUACAUUAUGUUGUGGAGUGGUUCUUGGAUUAAUCCUGUCAUUUACGGUUUGAUGAACCAACGUUAUAGAAAGGCCUACAUAUCCAUGUUGGAUUGUGGGUAUCUCAAGAAGAAUUCCAACCAGUCUCAUCCAUCGACUUAAAAUAUACUUACUAGAUGAAAAAGAGGCAUCAGACAGGCUAAAAAGAAAUAAUUCAGAUUCUACUGACUAGAUGAAACAGUUGUCUUUGAACAGAGAAAACACUCAAUAAUGCCAUAAGCAAACUUUUGUACUAUGUUAUUAUUUUUUGCUAAAUAAAAUAAAACGUGUUAUGUUCCCAGGAUACCAUACUAUCCAAAUUCAAAAAUUGAUCUUCAAAAAGAUAACCGUUCACCACUAAACUGGGAAUAAAGUAACAUAUCUUUGUUGAUGUUCCUCUCAAGUCACAGAAUGAGAUCUAUACAUAUAAACAACAAAGUUACAACACUUAGAAAACAGGUUAUUAAACAUAAUG